UAAAAUGAUUUUAGCUAAACAGCAAGAAGAAAACAGAAAUAAUAUCGAAAUUAAUAUUUUAAAUUUUAAUGAAGAACAAAAUAAAUUAAAUAAUAAUGAUACUUCUUUUUCUUCUUUUAAGAAUAACAAUUUAAAUUCUGUAAAAAUAUCCAAUCAAAAUGAUAAUAUGAAAAAUAGUUUGAUUAUGAAGCAGGAUAAUAAUUCCAAAAUUCUUAACUCAACGACAUUGAAUGGAAAAACAAAUGAAAAUGUUUCCAGUUCUUCAACACAAUCUAGUAAUUCACCAGGAAGUUCUUCUUCUACAACAUCUAGAGAGAGUGCUAACGUUUUCAAAUUUCGUACACUUCUUUCUUCUCCUUCUGGAUCACAGGUGUUUAGAAUAAUCAUUAAUUUUCCAGCCAUAGUAGGUAAUUUUGUACCUCGUAUGGAAGUCACCCUGUACAUAUAUUUUGAGGAUUAA